UCCUCGACGACGUCGACGUAAGCAGCAGCAUGGCGCCGACGAUGGCACCGACGACCGACGCUGCGCCGACACGGACGCCGAUGGACAUGGCGCCUAUGCCGAUGGCCGAUGCACCGCCAACACCCAUGACAUCGAUGGAGAAGCGGCUCGCCGGCUACCAUGUGCUGCACGACCAGGGCUUUUCGUUCUUGGCCGACAAUGCGUACAUCCGGUCAGGCUACCGCGUCAACUACUCGGCCUCGCACUGCCUCCAGUCGCUCUUCGAGCUGCACAACGAGACGUGGAACGUCUGGACGCACAUUGUGGGCUCGCUCAUCUUUGUCUGCCUUCUCGUGAGCGUCUUUAGCAUGGAGGUCCCGCUCGAGGCGUCGACGGCCCAAGUCGUGUCGCCGGACGUCUUGUACCUCCAAGGCGGCCACCACACGCUGGCGUUCUUUGAGAAGACCAUUGCAUCGAACGCGCUCUUUACGAAGGAGCACACGUCGUACUACACGGUCGACGCCGUGCACCAAGAGACGGUUGUCCGGCGCAUGCACGUGGCGAGCGAGAUCCUUGGCCACACGAUCGCGCAGAUCCCGAGCCUCCAGCGCUUCCAUCAGCUCCUCGAGUCGCACGCUGGCGAUGUCUCGCACCUCCUCUCGGACCAAAUGGAGACGCUGUACAAGGAGCUCACGCUCUUGCACGCGCGCUUGCACCCGAGCACGAACGCGACGGCGGCGCACGACCAGACGCUGCUGCAGUGGGUCGCGUCGUACAACCAGAUCCACCGCAUGAAGACGCAGCUGCGCCUCCGCGUCGACGCCUUUAGCUCGUUUCUUCGGCAGCUCGACACGCCCAAGGCCUACCCCUCGGUGCAGUACAUGCUCCGCGAGUUUCACGGCCUUACCGACAGCGUCUACAACGGGCUUCAUGUGCUCUCGGAGCUGCAUCCAUCGGCCCUCGCGUCGUCGGUCGUCGGUCUCUGGCCGAUCGCCGUCUUUAUCGGGAGCGCCGUCGUGUGCCUCACGAUGAGCUCGGUGUACCACCUGCUCUUUGUGCAGAGCCCGCGCGCGUCGCUGCUGCUGUCGCAACUGGACUAUGCUGGCAUCAUCCUCAUGAUUGCCGGGUCGUUCUUUCCGGUCAUUUACUACUCGUUCUACUGCAACCAGUGGGCUCUCAACGCGUACCUCGGCAUCGUCUCGGUGCUCGCGAUAGGGUCCUUCGCCGCGUCGCUCAUCCCGGCCUUUGGCAAGUACCCGAGCGUGCGCUCGGCGGUGUUUCUCUCGAUGGGCUUCUUCGGCGUCGUCCCGAUCGCGCACCUCAUUUACGAGUUUGGGCUCAUGGACGACCACGUGCAGAUUGUGCUCAAGCCGCUCCUGGCCAUGGCCGGCCUCUACGUGCUCGGCGCGGUCUUCUACGGAACGCGGUUCCCCGAGCGCCUCUACCCCGGCACGUUUGACGUGUGGUUCUCGUCGCAUCAGCUGUGGCACAUUUGCGUCGUUCUCGCCGCCCUCGUGCACUAUGUGAGCGCGAUGCAGCAUUACGAGUGGCGCUGGCAGACGGGCUGCCGCGCCUGAGAGUGCAAUGGUAAGCACACGACGACGUAGCAGCGUUUGUACAAGUAGUUUUAAAGCACGUAAUAGGAGUAGUAGACAGUGGG